AUGGGCGGUUCGUCGACGUUCAUGCCGGCGCCUGCCAUGGCGACGACGGCUCUGAUACUCCUCCUAGUGUUUUCGUCGUCGCCAGCGGUGGUGGCGUGGAAAGAUUCCGGACUGUCCGUAGGGUUCUAUAAGGAGUUGUGUCCCAAGGCCGAGAAGGUCGUCCGGCGAGUCGUCACCAAGGCCUUCAAGAAGGAGCCCGGCACCCCCGGCGACAUCAUCCGCCUCUUUUUCCACGACUGCUUUGUCCGUGGUUGUGACGCCUCGGUGCUACUCGAGUCAACACCAGGGAACACGGCGGAGAGGGACUCGAAGCCAAACAACCCCAGCUUGGAUGGUUUCGAGGUCAUAAGUGACGCCAAGGAGAUUCUUGAGAAACUUUGCCCACAAACCGUCUCUUGUGCCGACAUCCUAGCCCUCUCCGCUCGUGAUGGAGCCUUCCUUGCUAGCGGGCUCGACUAUGCCAUUCCAACGGGCCGGCGUGAUGGACUCGUCUCCAAGGAAGACGAGGUUCUCCCUAGUGUCCCUCACCCCGACUUCCGCCAUGAUCAGCUUAUCGAAAACUUCACUGCAAAAGGUUUUACGGCCGAGGAGCUGGUGACACUGUCCGGAGCCCACUCCAUCGGCACCUCACACUGCUCAUCGUUCACGGACCGUUUGUACAAGUACUACAACAACGGUGCAUACGGCACGGACCCGGCGAUUCCGGCGGCGUAUGCUGCGCGUCUCAAGAAGAAGUGUCCGCCGUCGACGGCGGCGCACAACGACACCACAAUGGUGCAGCUCGACGACGUGACACCAUUCGUGAUGGACAACCAGUACUACAAGAACUUGCUGGCCGGCACGGUGGCGUUCGACUCGGACAUGGCGCUCAUGGACGACCCUGAGACGGCCGCCCUCGUCGACCUCUACGCCCGGGAGCCCUCGGACUACUGGACCAAGCGAUUCGCCGCCGCGAUGGUGAAGGUCAGCGAGAUGGACGUGCUCACUGGCAGCAAGGGGGAGAUCAGGCUGAACUGCUCCAAGGUGAACUAG